AAGGAGUCCAACAGGGGAGGAUGUUGCUGACCAGGUCUCCAUCCUUGAUGCGUAACUCCACCAUCUUCCUGUCCCCUUGAGGUCUUCUGUUCUUCAGCAAGUAGAGAGAGCAAGCGAAGUAACUUCUCCUGAUAUGGUUUGUUACUACACCAAGGAAAAGGGCGUAGGGUGCUUAGUCUGCAGCCAUAAACUUUUCUUCACUCCCGCACAAAACGUCCCUUCUAUAUGGAACACAAACUUCAAUCCUCGCCUGACUCGAGUUACAGUUCAUCAAUAAUUUCCGAAUGACUGUUGGAAAAAGCAUGUAACAGUGUUUCCGAAUGACUUCGAAUAAGUAUGCAACAGUUUUGCUAAACUAAAUUGAAUUAGGAUUCACUAUUCUUCAUUUAUUUGCAUGGAUUUAAAUUACAUGUGUAUCAGUAAAAAAUGUAUUGGUGAACUUUUUGAUAAUUUUCUAAUGAUACUUUUAGAUUCUAAAUAUUAAUCCCAGUAGUACACAUUCUGAAUGUUCACUUGCUGGUAUUUGAAGUAUUUUCUGUCUCAGAAGUUUCGGGAUUUGAGAAACUCAACGAACUGAGACAAACUGUAGAUGUAAAGCUAAUUUUUUUAAUGUUUUGCGGAAGAAGCCUUAGAAAUAUGUCUGAUAAUCUUAAUGUUUGCACUUGUGAAGUGUGCGGCAAAACAUUUUCACAAUUGUCCAAGCUAAAGAGCCACACACAUGUCCAUAUGACAGAUGAAGGUCAGUUAUUUUGGAAUGAAUUUGCACCAUUGCCAGAUUUCAUUGAUACCCAGCAGUAUGAGGAGAUGAAUCCCAGUUUAUGUAUGUUUAGUAAUAAAGGUAUUAGUGAAGAUAACCAGAUAAAUGAUUGUCAGGUCUUUCAUAAAGACGAAAAAACAAGGGAAUCUUACAAAGAAAGCAUUGUUAAUUUAAUUAAUGAAGAGGUGAAAGUAAUGGUUGAUGGUAGACUUUAUUACGAAUGCCAGGUUUGCAAACAGAGAUUAACGCAGAAAUCUUCCCUUAGGAGUCACUUAAGAAAGCAUACUGGAGAAAGACCUUAUAAAUGCAAGGAUUGCAAGAAAACAUUUACAUUUUACCAGUGUCUUUGGAAUCACUCAAGAAAACACACAGGGGAAAAACGUUUCCAGUGUAAUUAUUGCCAGAAAUGCUUUGUGUAUUACCAGCAGCUUUGGAAACAUAAAAAGUCUCAGUCAUGUAAGGAGCCAUGUGAGUGUAGCAUUUGCGGUGUUAAGUGUGCAGUUUUUUGCCAACUCAAGGCUCAUGUAAGGCAACAUAUGGAUGAAGAUUCAUACACAUACAAUGAAAUAAUAAAUGGUGCAAAUUUGAAAGUAUAUGGUCGGAUCAACUUUGACGAGAAGUUAUUUAAGUGCAAUGUUUGUGAGAGAAGAUUCAGUGCCAACUCAUCUCUUGAGAGUCAUAAAAUGCAGCAUUCUAGUAACAGACCAGAUCGAUCUAAAAUCAGUCAAGUUAUGACAGAUUCACCAAUAAUUGAAGGACAAUUAGUAAUGGUAGAUGAUGAGGAUCAUAGGCAAUAUAAUAAGGGAUAUAAGCAAUGUGAUACCUGUAAGAAGACAUACGUGUACACAAAAUGUCUUAUUAACCAUUUAAAAGCCCAUGAAAAUAAAACAUAUGUGUGUCAUGUUUGUGAAAAGAGUUUUACAAAAUCUAGAGAUUGGAAGAUUCACUCUCGAGUUCAUACAAGUGAAAAGCCUUAUGUAUGUUUGAUGUGUGAUAAAUCAUUCAUUGAAUACUGUGAUCUUUUGAAGCAUAAUAAAGUGCAUGCAAGUAAAAAAACAUUCAAAUGCGAUGAGUGUGGCAAAUGUUUUCUACAUUCAUUUAAUCUGAAGAGUCAUGAUCGAGUACAUUCAGUUAGAAAUCCAUACAAAAUAAGAAAACACAGAAAGAGACCAAAAUGCCACAGUGAACUACAAAACAACAGGAACAAACUAACAGAAGUGAAGUCUGAAGGUAGGCUCUGCAGAGAAAGUUUUGCAAACUCAAACAAACUAACUCUGAAUUGCAAAAUGGCACACGGGGACAUAAUUGAGAAAUCUAGGAAUAAAGUAUAUAAAUGUGAAGUGUGUGGGGCAGUUUUUGUUUCAAAAGAUGACAUUAUGAAUCACCAAAAAUGUAUAGAUUGCAAUAUUUGUGGCAAGCAAUUUAAAUGUAGUUACAUAAUUUGCUUUCACAAAAGUCCAUAUAAUUAUCAUAAGGCAUCUCAGAAGUUUAUUGGAAGUAAUGAAGAAAGUGACGUAGCUAUGCUGGGAGCAAAUCAUUCGAGUGAUAUCCCGAAUGAAAAUGAAAAAAACAAGGAAGUGUUAUUUACUUUUCCAGAAAAUCACGAAGAACGGAACUACCUGGAAAUAGUUGAAAUUGAACUUAAUAAUUGCCAAGAAUUAUUUAAGGUUGAAAUUAAUAAUUACAAUAUUAUUGAAGGCGUUGUAGAACAGGUAGGUGAACCCCAAGGUGAGAAUGAUUCAGUCAUUAAAACAAAUUUUGUUAGCCGUGAUCAGUGUGUACCAGUAUCCAACAGGUCUGGUGAAAGGCCAGGGAUCCCAGAUAAGUAUAUUUUAGUAGGAACUGCUGAGACUGUCACCCAAAUGAGAGACGGAAAACAAUUAUCUAGCACUGAAGUCACUACCGAACUUGCAUCAUCUCAAGAGAGUUGUGUAGAUACAUUUCCUAAUGGGGAUGUACAUACAUAUAAUUGUACGGAACAUUUUGUGAAUAAUGACAGUCACCCCAUGGAACUUACUGUGAAUGGUGACAGUCACGACGUGGAACACUUUGUGAAUGGUGACAGUCACGAUAUGGAACAUAUUGUGAAUGGUGACAAUCACCGUGUGGCAUAUACAAAUAAUGACAGUCACUAUAUUGAACAUUUUGUGAAUAAUGACGGUCACCGCAUGGAUCAUUCUGUGAAUAAUAUCAGUCAACGCAUUGAGCAUUCUGUGAAUAAUGACGGUCACUGCAUUGAUCAUUCUGUGAAUAAUAUCAGUCAACGCAUUGAACAUUCUGUGAAUAAUGACGGUCACCGCAUGGAUCAUUCUGUGAAUAAUAUCAGUCAACGCAUUGAACAUUCUGUGAAUAAUGACGGUCACUGCAUUGAUCACUCUGUGAAUAAUGACAGUCAAUGCAUUGAACAUGUGAAUAAUGAAAGUCAACGCAUUGAACAUUCUGUGAAUAAUGACAGUCAAUGCAUUGAACAUUCUGUGAAUAAUGACUGUCACUGCAUUGACCAUUCUGUGAAUAAUGACUGUCAUCGCAUUGACCAUUCUGUGAAUAAUGACUGUCACCGCAUCGAGCAUUCUGUGAAUAAUGACGGUCAUCGCAUUGAUCAUUCUGUGAAUAAUGACAGUCAACGCAUUGAACAUUCUGUGAAUAAUGACUGUCACUGCAUUGACCAUUCUGUGAAUAAUGACUAUCACCGCAUUGAGCAUUCUGUGAAUAAUGACUGUCACCGCAUAGAAUAUUACGUGAAUAAUGACGGUUACCACACCAAAUACGUGAAUAAUGAUGGUCACCACAUGGAAUAUUAUGUGAAUAAUGAGACUCACCGCAUGGAGUAUGUGAAUAAUGACGGUCAUCCCAUGGAGUAUGUGAGUAAUUGUCACCGCAUGGAGUAUGUGAAUAAUGACGGUCAUCGCAUGGAGUAUGUGAAUAAUGACGAUCAUCGAAUGGAGUAUGUAAAUAAUGGUCAUCGCAUGGAGUAUGUGAAUAAUGACGGUCAUCGCAUGGAGUAUGUGAAUAAUGAAGGUCAUCGCAUGGCACACUUUGUGAGUAAUGACAGUCACCAAAUGGAGCAAUUUGUUAAUAAUGGCAAUCAUCAUGUGGAGCAUUUUGUUAAUGGCAGUAAUGACAGUAGUAUUCAGUGUAGUGUAUGCGGUCAAGUUUUCUCCACAUUAACUGACCUCACGGUUCAUGCGAUGGGUCAUAUCACAUUUAUGUAGGUGAAAAUUUUUGGCCCUUUUUCCAAUUUAUUUAGACACACCCUACGCGUGUGCAUAUUUGCCACAAUUAACUAUUUAAUACCAAAAUAAUUUAUUAGAAUUGUAUGUGUUACUCAUGUUUACAACAAUGCAGUAAUAAGCACAAGGUUUAUAUUUAAAUAUCUAGAUUUUGUAUUUUGGAAGGGAUCUAACUGAACUAAAUUAGCAUGCCACGCCUUGGAAAUGCCUUUUUAUGUAUAUUGUAAUUAAUUUUUUUUUCAACAAAUCUGUUUUCUUGCAUAUGCUAUAUAGACCGUAUUCUUUUUACGGUUUGCUGUUAUUUGUUGAUAAAAAUCUCAUUGUUCAUCUUCAAGCAGCUUGUCCGAUUUAAAACAAUUGCAUUAGUAAAUUUGUUUAGCUUACUAAUUAUAGUGAUUUCCUAUUUGAUAUUUUUGUAGGAAAUGUUUAUUUUAUACAUUGCCGUUUUAUAGAGUUUCUUGUGAAAACAAGGCACUUAUUUUCUCGUUACUUUCAUUUUGAGGAUCAGAAGCAUACAACUGACUUUUUAUAUUUUACGCUGUAUUUGUUAACCCUGCAGAAAAAAAGGGGCAAAGUUUUCGUUUUCUUGUGUGAAGACAAUAUACAGUUUAAUUUUUUUUUCUUAUUCGUCGGUAUUCUCCCGGCCCGGGUCUUUUCCCGGCCUUGGCUCCCUAUCUGGAGAGUAUCUCGAGACCUAAGUCUCAUGGGAGGAGGUACACGUACCCCCUCAUCUUUGGGACCAAGUGUCCCCAGGCCUAGUCACAGUCCCCGCCCUCACGGGGCUCGUAGGGAGAAGCUAGACCUCUGGUCUACCAUCUUAAUUUAAUUAAGUGGUUCAUACCAAGUAUAUACUGAAUUUCACAUAUAAGUAACUUGAAUUUACUGAACAGUGAGUGGAAUUUCCGUAGCGUUUGAGUGAUGAUUUGCAAGUUCGCUGAGUUUAUCAUAAUGUAAUAAUUUUGGUGAAAGUUUUACAAGCGAGUAGUAAGCAAAUUUGUAUGAUAGUAUAAUAAUAAUAAUUGUUGCAUAUAUUAGUGUGAAAUUUUUAAAUUGAAUUUAUUAAAACUUUAAUGAACAAAACCUGCUAUUACAAAAAAAAAACUAAUGUUAAUUCUUGAAGUUCAUGAAAAAAAUUAUAUACUUUAUUUCCAUAAAUAUCUUUGUUAAUUUUUAUUAUGUUGUGUUGCUUUUUAAUUUAUAUAUACUAUGAGUGCUUUGUUCUUUAAAAUGAUGUUACUUUUCGGUUAUUGCUUACCUGGAGUUUACCUGGAGAGAGUUUCGGGGGUCAACGCCCCCGCGGCCCGGUCUGUGACCAGGCCUCUUGGUGGAUCAGCCCCUGAUCAACCAGGCUGUUGCUGCUGGCUGCAUCAAACCAACGUACGAGCCACAGCCCGGCUGAUCAGGAACUGACUUUAGGUGCUUGUCCAGUGCCAGCUUGAAGACUGCCAGGGGUCUGUUGGUAAUCCCCCUUAUGUGUGCUGGGAGGCAGUUGAACAGUCUCGGGCCCCUGACACUUAUUGUAUGGUCUCUUAACGUGCUAGUGACACCCCUGCUUUUCAUUGGGGGGAUGGAUUUUUAUAUUAUUGAAUAAAUUUCUGAAUGGUUUUCAUUAUUAAUAUUCUCAGUGAAGCAGAAAACACGUGCUUUAAUUCUAAAUUAAGGUAAAUACAUUUUUGGCAGAUUUUUUUCAAUAAUGCAAGUCUUUUUAUUAUUAAUUUCUUGAAGGAAAAUAUUUUAUUAAAACAGAUUCUAAUAAAACUUGGAUUUACCGUUACAUGUUUAAUUGCAUUUAUAUAUUUGUAAUUUAAAGUUCUCAUAUGGACAUAAUUAGAUAUUUUUUGUUUAAAUAGUUUUUCUUCAGUGUUCACUAUUCAGGUGGAAGAGAAAUUCAUUUUUACUCUAGAAAUUUUGAAAUGCGGUUUUUCAGUGUUUACUACUCAAAUUGCAGAAAUAAAGUUAAUUCAAAACUA